AUGUUGAGCUUUAAGGACCUGGAAUACGACUCUGUGAAGAAGAUUGCGACGGUCGGCGCCAGUGCCACUUGGUUUGAGGUAGUAUCGUUCAUGGAACGGGUGGACCCCGAGUACUCAGUUCCUGCCGCCCGUACACCGAGUAUUGGAGUCGCGGGGUCGAUACUGAACGGUGGGCUUUCGUGGAUGUCCACUGAAUACGGUGGUAUUAGUGAUCCAAUCAACUUCCUUGACGCGGAGGUCGUCAAGUAUGACGGCACAGUCAUCAUGGCGUCCAAAGAGCCCGAUCUUCUAUGGGCUCUCAGAGGUGGCGGCAGCGGAUUCGGUGGUGGGUACAACAAGCAGUGUCAGUAUUGGUCCGCAACUGACGAUUAA